GUAGCGUUGCUAGGCGGCGGGACCUUGAACUUAAACGUAAACAAUGGCGGCCGCAACCUCUGACAGACCGUACCACAUUAUCAUUUUCGGUGCCACAGGGUUCACAGGGCAGUUUGUUGUUGAGGAAGUCGCGCGAUGUGCCGCCGAGACACCCGGGGACAGCUCUCUGAAAUGGGCCGUGGCCGGGAGAAGCAGACAGCGUCUGGAAGCAGUGCUGGAAAAAGCCGCAGGGAGGCUGUCUAUGCCCGAGUUAAGGACAGACACUGAGAUCAUUGUUGCAGAUGUGUCUAUUGAGGAAUCACUGGCCAUCAUGUGCCAACAAGGUGUGGUCAUUCUCAACUGUGUUGGACCAUACAGAUUUUACGGCGAACCAGUGGUGAAAGCUUGCAUAGAAAAUGGAGCUCACUAUGUAGACAUCUGUGGGGAGCCUCAGUUCCUAGAACGCAUGCAGCUGGAGUAUCACACUAACGCCUUGGACAGAGGAGUGUAUGUGAUUGGCAGCUGUGGCUUCGACUCCAUACCGGCAGACCUGGGUAUUCUCUACACACAGAGGCAGUUCAAAGGAACACUGACAGCUGUGGAGAGCUUCCUGAAAAUAAGCAGUGGGCCUGAGGGGUCGUCCGGUCAUGAUGCCACUUGGCAGUCUGCUGUGUAUGGCUUCGCAGAUAGUGGCUCUCUGCGCCAGCUGAGGAAGAAGUUUGGCCACAAGCCGCUGCCAGUGGUGGGAGCCAAAGUCAAAAAGAGGGGUUUUGUGUUUUUCAGCAAGGAGAUUGAGCAGUACGCCAUUCCGUUUAUGGGUUCUGAUCCAUCAGUAGUCAAGAGAACCCAGCGUUUCCUUUACGAGGAGGAACACCAGUCGCCACUUACCGCUUCCCCUUCAUCUCUCAUUUUCCCCUCACCUGCAACUGUUAUCUGCGUCCCCUUAUCUGUUCCCCUCCCUGUCACAGUUCAUUACCCUUUUGUAUAUCAAACACGUUCUCCUUCUCCCCCUGCCUCUCUCUGCCCACAGGUCCAGUACAGUGCGUACGUUGGGGUCGGCGGCCUCUUUUCCAUCGCCAAGUUCUUCUGUGGCGGCGUACUCUUCUGGGUCAUGGUUAAAUUCAGCCUGGGCAGGAAACUCCUCACCAUGUUUCCAUCAUUCUUCUCCUUUGGCUUGUUUAGCAAAGCUGGUCCAACCAUGAAGCAGAUCGAAGACACCUGUUUCAGCCUGACGUUCUUUGGGGAGGGAUACUCGGAGGGCACGGACCCCUCACAGGGGCGACCCAACGCUAAGAUCUGCACUCAGGUUGUUGGAGCAGAGCCCGGUUAUGUAGCCACAGUGUCUGCUAUGGUGCAAGCAGCUGUAACCAUGCUGAAUGAAUUGCACUCUCUUCCCAGGAGGGGAGGUGUCUACACGCCAGGAGCCGCCUUCUAUAAAACCAGUCUCAUCGACCGCCUCCAGAACCACAGCAUCAAGUUCUCGGUCAGAAACUACCAGUAGCCCUUCAACAGUAACCAUCAAAGGUCAAACCACUUUCCAGUUAAAGUAUAUUGUAUUUAUACUGAUGCCAACCUUUCAUCCAGUGAACAUGAAGACUUUUUACUGAUUGUCAUUGUCAGUUUAGUAACGUCACUCUGAGAGCUGUGAUUCAUCAGAUGGUGCAGAGUGUUGCGGCUGUAGUUAACAGAGCCACUGGUGCAGGGAGAGUUGCGUUGUGUUUCUCAAGGACACUUGAGAAACCGUGUACAAACCGACUGCCACCCACUGAGGCCAGCUGUGCCUUUGCUAAACUCCUUCCCCUCUUUGUUUUCCCCUGCAAAGAAGGACCUGUUGUUUUCAGUUUCAACUUGAGAAAGUUUCCUCUCAGCACCCUGAGGACGGAUAACACUCUGCUGCUGGUUACACAUUGUUAUCUCUACGUUCUGUAAACACUGAUGUCGUUUACUGAUACAAAUGUUAACUGCACUUGUGAAAAUAAGCAAACCUGGUUUAAUCAAACUUUAUGAAGAUCAUUAAUAAUCAUAGACAACAUGUCUAUGAUUAUUUUAGACUACAUGCAGAUUUGUACAAAUGUUGUAAAAUGAAAAACACUAAAUUUGAGAUUGAACACAAUCUAGAGCAAAAACUUGAAAAGAUUGUUUACAGUAAAUAUUUUACCAAAUGUUUGUGCAAUUAUAAAUUUUUAAUGUAGUCUUCAAUCAAAAAUGUUAUACUUUGGUGGAGUAAUGUACUUAUUUUAUUUUGUGUUAACAUAUGUGAUUGUUGUUUGAUCCCUUUCAACAAUCGUCAUUUUUGUCAUGUAUGUGAAAAGAGAGUGAAAUACAUUUAAUGUAAUGUCUGUUUUGUGACCCCUGCUUUAUUUCAGAUUAAAGCUCUAAUCUGAAUUGGUGCACAGCACCACUACUUGACAA